UGAAGAUCAACAUCGUGGUGGAUCGGAAAUAUCAACUGCGGUCCUAAUUGUCCACUGAGGUGCUGCAUUGCAAGGAAUCAGAAGGGAGUGUGAUGGCAGGAACAGGUGGGAGACCACGAACAGGACCAAAAAUGACAACGCUUACUUCACUGAGAGGAAAAUCGGAAGUGGUCCACGCCAGGAGGACCGAAUCACAGGAUGUUCACUGUAUUAAGGCGCUCGUUAGAAACCAUACCGAAAAGAUUUUCGGGAGGAUGAAUGUCAUCUAUCUUCUUUCCAGUUGUUUCCACAGAGAAAAAACAAACCUCGCAAUAACGCUGUGCAAUGAGAAGGAGGAGAUUAUGGCCCACGCUGCCUUCCUGGACUAUCCCAAUUGGAACGUGGCCAAACAGGAUGAAUGGGAGACGGUCUUCCACGAUCUUGAAGGUGCAAGUGCCUGCACGCCCCUGAACACGUUGUUCUUGCAUCUCUUUGUCACCGUUGAGGAAUACGCGGUUGGCUGUUGCAAAGAAAUCAUCAGUACCACUUUUAAGGCCGUUCCAGAAUUGCACUUCAUAUAUCUCUUAAUUCCGGCUCACAUGAAUUUAGGCCCAACUUUAAAGACUGUUUUUGAACCAGUAGGCUGUCUUCCAUGUUUGACAUUUGAAGAGGACUUUGCUGUGUUUGUCUGCCUCAGGCAGAACUACUGUCCUCGGCUAUACAUUCGAAAAGCCAGGUUGGAAGAUUAUGAUGAUCUUAUGCCUAUCUUCCUGCUCCGUGACACCACUCUGCAGGAAAUCUACGGAGAGUACUUCCUCGCCGAACUUAUAGCCUCGCAGGAUGAAGAAAACCACACAGUCGUGUGUGAGGAUGGAGGCAUAGCAGUGGGGUUGAUGAGCGUGUGCUCCCAGGUGAACAUGAAAAUGCUCCAUCGGUGCUUCGACCUGAGAACUUUCCACGGGCUCUGCAGACCUCAUCCCGAUGACGUUCUCAAACCAAGUCUUCAAACAGAGGAGAAGACAAGUAGCCACGCAGUUCAAAAAUCAGAGUCUGACGAAAGUGAACCUACGGCGCUUCCUGAGGAUAGUCAGGUGGAGGCGGUGAAGGAGGAUGGCCUCUGCCAGCUCCCAGAUGACGUCGCUCCAGCGGAGGCCAGCGGCGACCCUCCGGAUGAUUUGAAGGAAGCAGAGACGGAAUCCACCAUUUCCGAAGCUUCGCCUUCGGUACGCGAUGACGGCGACGGAGAUUCGCGGACCGCCCCGCCAGCUCCCUUGCCGGUUGGACGGGACGAGGACUUUCACCCCGUGUACCGAGGAGCUUCAGCUGCCUUCUGCAUUCAGCUGUUCUGUAUCGAUGAGAAACAUGAAACGAGGUCACUGGAUUUUAUGCAAUUCGUUUUCAGCCUUUUCCCCGAAAAAGACUACUGCAUCAUCUCUGUUCCUCAUCUGGUGCCUGAAUUUAUUCUGAUCCAAAAUUUCGUCAGGGUCGUUCCCUUUAGUAACUGCACCCUGGACCAAGAGCUCUACAUCUUUCACCGGGCCGGACUGCUCAAAUCAAUUCACAUAAGACCAGCAAAAACCAGUGAUACACCAGCAGUUGAAAAGCUCAUCAAAACCCUUGUCCUGAAUAAAAGCAUAUUGGAUGAUUUAAAAAGAUUUAAUGAAGCUCGUAGAGAUCCAGAUGGGACCCCGGUGCAGGCUUUUGUAGCUGAAGUUUUGGGCCAGAUCGUUGGAAUUUCAGUGAUCAGAAAUGAAAUGGACAUUGAGUAUAUACGGGCACAUUACAAUAUUGAAGAUUUUAUCUACUUCAGCCAUCACCAGCGGGAGGAGCAUGGCCAUCUACACCACUUUGCUCUAAAUCCCAUAUUCAAGCACUACUCCAAAUACUUUCUGAAGGAGAUACUCCGUCUAAGCUUCAAAUCCUGUCUCUACUACCCUGUUUACCCACUGAGCAGGGAAGGCAAGUUUCAGAAUCCCUCUACCCAUUCCCUGACAUCUGCCCUUCAUUACAUGGUUCCCGUGCGACCGAGACGACAGAUUGUCUAUCCUCUGGAAAAGCUUGGCAUAAAUGCUCCAUCAAAGGAGGUCUCCAAGGAUCAGUUGAAGUACGCACUGAACCACACCAACCGGAAAUUAAUGCUGGAACCCAAGGUGACUAUCAAUGCCAGAAUCGUGGUGGUUGGAGCAUCCAAUGUUGGAAUUUCCUUUCUAGAAACGCUCAUCUUUUGCCCUCACUUGAAGUUUAAUAACCUGAUCCUGAUUUCAAUCCACGGACUUCCUGGAAAAAAUCUUCUCGGCUCGGAAACCAGAAGAUUUCUAGCAAACGACCACUGUUUUAAUGAUGAAGAUUAUGCACUGAUGGCACUUUAUUCCUGGGUCAACGUGGUGGUUGGUAAAAUGACGGCCAUAGACCGAGCCGCCAAGUAUGUGAUGGUUUCCAAGGGGAAGAAAGUGCCGUACGACCACCUCGUUCUCUGUACCGGGCAGCAGUACCAGGUCCCAUGUCCUACAGGAGCUGAUAUUAGCAAACUUUUGACCAACAGAGAGACCAGCAGUAAAAUGAGAUAUACUGGCCCAGUCCCUUCAAAUCUUUUUACCCUCAAUGAUGACGAGGAUUGCUUAAGCUUCACAAAUUGGCUAAAAGACAACUUCAUCGAUUCAGGAGGGAAUGUCAUUGUCUACGGGAAUACAAUUGACAUUUACACCACAGUAGAAACCCUCUUAUCUCUUGGAAUUAAUGGCUCUCGCAUACACAUCGUCCAACCUCCACUUAGCUCCAACAUUACUUGCCUUAACAACUAUGCAGUGGAAAAGGCUAUUCAGGAAACACUGGAAAUGGCUGAUGUGACUGUUUAUCAUGAUGCUCUACUUGCACAGUGGAAUGAAGGCAACCACCCGGAUCCCAUAACAUGUGCCUCUUUCACUACGCCUACAAAACCAUUUAAAAUCCAGUGUUCAGCGUUCAUCAGCUUCUAUGAGAAAAACGUGGAUUUUGAAACUUUCAAAGCCCUGAACGAUGCCUGUCUUGUCUAUGACGGGAGACUAGUGAUUGACACCAACUUCCACACCAAUGAUGUUACCAUCAGAGCUGCAGGCCCCCUCACUAAGUUCUCCAGUAGGUAUUACGCAAAUGAGUGGACACACAGCAGAUUCAGUUCCAAAGAGAUUGGUUUCCAGCUUGCCGCGGCCAUGCUGAGUAUUUUUGACCCCACCCUGGACCCAGCGAUUGAGUGCAUGUGGGAUCUGGACAAACUCAUCCCUAUCUAUAAGGGAGCUAAAGUUCAAGGAGGUUGCCUUCCUGGAGGUUAUCAUUAUUUACACAUAGCCAAACCCGGAAUCCCUACACCCUUGGAGGUGCAGAUCACUCAGCCUAACUUUGGUGUGCAAGUAAUAACUGGAAAAGCCAAAAAGGGGAAUUACUUCAGAAUCCACAUUAACCAGUACCACCUGGUGGAAACCAUUACCUGCUUCUCUAAAAAACCCUUUCCUGUGUCCAACUACAUCUGUUUGUUUGGGCAGCAUGAGCAAGUUCUGAACAACCUGUGUACACGCUAUAACGAAGGUUUGAUCACUGAUCUUUAUAGCUACUUCAGGGAACCUUGGUCCAUGGCCGUCUUUCACGAUCGUUUUAUUGAUCUGAAGAAAGAAUUGCGUGAAAUCCUUGCAUUCAAGGAGGAUGAGAGUCUUCCGUCAGUAGAAGAGCUGGCCCGGCAGGUAGUGGACGAGGAGCUAAACCUGUCGGAAAAGCCAAGAAAAUACCUGAGAAGGUUCUUCCAGGAGAAUAUCCACCAAUCCCUGGCGGAGAGAAGCAUUCUUGCUUAUUUGCAAUAUAAUAAUUACCAUCUGCCUAUGUACGCCUGGCCGGGGAUUAUUUAGUUAUGGUCUCAUUUUCGGUUUUAUUGGUUUCAUGUAUGUGGCCUCUUUUUUUUUCGUUGUUGUUAUUGCCCUGAAUUAAUUAAUAAGGAAUGUCACCGAGAGGCUUGUAUUCCAUGGUACAGAGCCCGGUUAUCUGGGUUUUCCUUUGCUUUUCCCCGUCGAUUUUUCAGCUGGGUUUACGGAGGGUGUCCAGGAGGUGGCGCACGGCAACGGUGUCGAGCGAUCUUCACAAUGUACAUCGCGGACCGUUCGACGAAAACGCGCGUUUUAGCCAAGAAAAACGCGUUGGAGCAAUAAACCUUUCCCUGCCAGAA